AUGGAUGUCGUGAACAAGACCCAAGUCACCAUGUUCGAGUUUUCAGGUCUGAGUGACAAUAAGAAACUUGCCCCGUUCCUCUUUUUCUUCUUUCUGCUUGUAUACGUUGUGACGGUCUUAGGAAAUGUCGGUAUGAUAUUUGUUGUCCAUGCCUCCAGCAGCCUCCACACACCAAUGUACUUCUUCUUGAACUAUCUGUCUUUGGUAGACUUCUUCUACGCAUCAACAUUGACUCCUAAAAUGUUGUCUGACCUGAUAUCUGAGAGAAGGUUUAUCUCAUUUGUCGGCUGUGCCCUCCAGUUCUUUUUCUACGCUGCCCUGGCAAGCACUGAAGUUUUCAUCCUCUCUUGCAUGGCAUAUGACCGUUAUGUGGCUAUCUGCCACCCUCUCCAUUAUGUUUUGAUUAUGACUAAGAAAAAGUGUUGGGGCCUGGUUCUAUUUUCCUUCUGUAUUGGUUUCUGUCAGGCUGUGGUUCCAACCAGUUGUGUGUUUAAUCUUCAGUUUUGUAGAUCCAACCUUAUAAACCAUUACUACUGUGACAUCCCACCAUUGCUUGAACUGGCCUGCUCUAGUCCUCACCUUUGCUACAUAUUAAUUAACAUCCUUCUUUGCCUUUGUACCAUCAGCUCCAUGGUAAUAAUCUUGGUUUCCUACAUGCAUAUUAUUUCUUCUAUUCUAAAGAUGAAAACCUUCAAAAGCCAACGAAAGGCUUUCAGUACCUGCUCCUCCCAUUUGAUCUGUUCCACCAUGUUCUACGUCACAGUCUUCAUCAACUAUUUCAGUUCAUCUUCUGAUUCCUUAGAGAAACACGACAAAUCUGUUACUGUCUUCUACUCCCUGGUGACGCCAAUGCUGAAUCCUCUUAUCUACAGCCUGAGGAAUCAAGAGGUUAAAAGGGUCAUAAUGCAAAUUGUGCGAAGGCAUCGAAGUCAGAAAUGACAGAAAUGUAGGUCAAUUUGAAGAAAUCCAGGUUAACAAAAUUAACCUAUUUUCUAUUUUUCUUCUGUAUUGGAUUCUGCCAGACUGUGGUUCCAACCAGUUGUGUAUUUAAUCUCCAGGUCUGUGGAUCCAAUCACUACUGUGACUCCCCACCUUUGUACCAUUAGCUCCAUGAUAAUAAUCUUAGAGGGGCAAGUUUUGGGACAUUAUAUGAGGAACAAUAAAUGUACCUUAAUAAUC